UCGCUAGUAAGUGGGGAAAGGAAGAGAGAUAGAGUCAUAGAGAGAGGAAGGAAUAGAUUGUGAGGAAGGUAGCACUCACGGAGGGUCACAAAGUCACAAGAUACGAACGGUGUUUCACUAGGAAGUUAAAUCGGUUUCCAUGUAUCCCUCCGACUCCAUAUAGCGAAAGGAAAGUAUUUAUCGACUCCUCGGAUCAAUCUUACUUCUGGAUUUCAACAGAAACCCUAGUAAUGCCAGACCCUAAGAUGAAGCUUAUACAGAGCCUCAUAUGGUACGCCGCCACCGCUGCUGUUAGUUACUGGGUAUUGCUCGCAGGCCUUCGUCAAUUAGACACCAAUCGCGAAGAAAACAAACGAGCAAUUGAGCAACGUAAACAGCUUUUCAAGCGAUUAGGCCGUAGGCCAAUCCAGACCACUCCUUACGAGGAUAUGAUAGCUUGUGAUGUUGUAAAUCCAGACCACAUAGAUGUGGAGUUUGAUUCAAUUGGAGGAUUGGACACUACUAAACAGGCAUUACAUGAAUUGGUGAUCCUUCCAUUGCGUAGGCCAGAGUUAUUCAGUUCCGGAAGGCUACUUGGUCCUCAAAAAGGGGUAUUGCUAUAUGGACCUCCAGGAACAGGGAAGACGAUGCUGGCCAAGGCCAUUGCAAAGGAAUCUGGAGCUGUUUUUAUCAAUGUUAGGGUUUCCAAUUUGAUGAGCAAAUGGUUCGGAGAUGCUCAAAAACUCGUUUCAGCUGUUUUCAGCCUAGCUUAUAAGCUACAACCUGCAAUUAUUUUCAUUGAUGAGGUUGAUAGUUUCCUUGGGCAGAGACGCUCAACUGACAAUGAAGUUUUAACCAAUAUGAAAACAGAGUUCAUGGCAUUGUGGGAUGGGUUCACUACAGAUCAGAAUGCUCGAGUGAUGGUACUUGCAGCAACCAAUAGGCCUGCAGAUCUUGAUGAAGCAAUACUUAGACGUCUUCCAAAGGCUUUUGAAAUUGGAAAACCUGGAAAAACUGAUCGAGCAAAGAUUCUGAAAGUGACUUUAAAGGGAGAAAGAAUAGAUGAGGAUAUUGACUUUGAUUACGUAGCUGGUUUAUGUGGGGGUUUCAGUGGUUCUGAUAUCUUUGAGGUCUGCAAACAAGCUGCAUACUUUCCUCUCAUGGAGUUUCUAAAAGACGAAAAGAAUGGGAAACAAUCUUCUGCACCGAGGCCUUUGUCCCAGAUGGACCUAGAAAAAGCUGUCGCUGCAUCAAGAAAAGCCAAGAUUCCGACAUUGUGAAGCUGGUGGGUCAACUUCUUGGUCAACGUUAUGUUGAAAGUUGAAACUGAUCAUAAUAUGUUUGAAAUUCGUUCAAGGCUAAUGAUGGUAGGUUAUGGAUAUUCAACCUCAUCUCAUAGGUGUUUGUUCUUUUAUACAUUCUUUCUGAAACCUGGUGAUUCCUUAAACACAAUUGUUGUAUAUAAAAUUAUAAAUUUGACAACAAGCUAAUUGCUAGUCAUAUGCGAUACAUAUUUUCA